GGCAGCUGAGCGGCUGCGGCUGGUGCCAGACGCCGCGCCGGCCGCGGGGAGAGCGCGGGUCGCGAGAUGCGGCCCGAGGACAGCGCCGGGGCCGCCGAGCCGGGGGAGCUCGCGUCACCGCUGACCGACGAAGCACCCCCGGGCGCGAGUGAGGCGCCGGCGGCCGCCGAGACAGCGGGGACGCCCGGCCGCGGCAGGUGCUGGCUCUGCCCGUCGCCACCGUGCGGCUCGCGCGCGGAGCCGGAAGCCAAGAAGAAAGCACCCUGUCCUGGACUUGGCUUGCUUUACACAUUAUUGUCUGCCUUCCUUUUCUCAUUGACCUCUUUAUUUGUUAAAAAAGUGCAAGACGUCCAUGCUGUAGAGAUUAGUGCAUUUCGAUGUGUGUUCCAAAUGCUAGUUGUUAUCCCUUGCUUAAUUUACAGAAAAACUGGGUUUAUUGGCCCAAAAGGUCAACGAAUUUUCCUCAUUCUCAGAGGAGUCCUUGGUUCUACCGCCAUGAUCCUUAUAUACUAUGCUUUCCAGACAAUGCCCCUCGCUGAUGCCACAGUUAUCACUUUUAGUAGUCCAGUAUUUACGUCCAUAUUUGCUUGGAUAUUUCUCAAGGAAAAAUAUAGCCUUUGGGAUGCUUUUUUCACCAUGUGCUCAAUCACUGGAGUGAUCCUUAUCGUGAGACCACCAUUUCUGUUUGGUUCCAGCUCUUCAGGGACGGAAGAAGGCUAUUCCGUCCAUCUCAAGGGAACAUUUGCAGCAAUUGGACAUGCCGUAUUUUCUGGAAUGACUCUAGUUAUCCUAAGAAAAAUGGGAAAAUCUGUGGACUACUUUUUGAGCAUUUGGUAUUAUGUAAUAAUUGGCCUCUUUGGAAGCACCACUGCCCUCUUUAUAUUAGGAGAAUGGAGUCUGCCUUACUGUGGGUUGGACAGGCUAUAUCUCAUAUUAAUUGGCGGACUUGGUUUGUCAGCUCAGGUAUUUCUCACAAAAGGACUUCAAAUAGAAAAAGCAGGGCCAGUAGCAGUAAUGAGGACAAUGGAUGUAGUCUUUGCCUUUAUCUUCCAGAUUAUUAUCUUUAAGGAUGUACCAUCGUGGUGGACGGUGGGUGGUGCUAUCUGCCUAGUAGCCAGUAGUAUUGGAGCAGCCAUUCAUAGAUGGUACGACAGUUCCAAAUGAAGCAUCAUUGCUGCAAUACAUAUUUUUUUCAAGUAUACCCUCACCAGUUCAGACACACUACAUAUGCAUACACACCUGGGAAAUCUGCAUUUACUUUGAUUAUAUUUAAUAAAUUUCAUAAAUAAAGUGCCAUUUUUGAAUAUGGUAUGUCUUUAAUUAGCUAAGAAUAGCUAGUCUAUUUGGUCUAGCAAUUUUGGGGGGUAGCUUUUGUUUUGGUUUUGGUUUAUUCCUUGUUGGGGUGGCAUUGGUGAGAGGAGAGCACAAUGUGUGAAGAAAAACCAAAAAUUUUUAUGACUCUAGUAAUUUUUUAAGUGUCUUUUUGGUACCAAUGGGAUAUGAGUGGGGAGGAAAUUUUAGAUAUUCUUUUAACAUUGUAAAGCCUAAGAAUCUUAUUGAUAAUGCUGCUAUAAUUAGUAUUAUGUUGAUAAUUCAUUUACAACAUAAUUCCAUUUAGGAGGCCAAAGCUGAAACUUGGGAUAGGUGCCUACUUAAUGCUGUUAAUAAUACAAAAGAAUUGGCCUUAUUUUCAAGGAUUUUAUAAAUGAUUAUCAUACUUUUAACUCGUUCGUGCCUUUUCAUUUUAAUGCUGGAAUUUUUAUUAUAUAACCUCUAAAAAAAAGUUUUUAAAUCGCCAAAUUUGGCUAGUAAUUUUCUGUUUCAGUGGUAUUAGCUACUAUAGUUAUCAUUCUAUAAUUUUAAUUAUCCUCUGUUUUUUUUGAAACCGCACUAAUGUUAUUUUUUCUUAACAUUCCAAGAUUUCAGAUCUUUGAAUCAUAAGGAGAAAUCUUGGCAUGACCAGUGUGCACAUUUCUAUCCUGAAGUGUUUUCUCUUCACUAGAAAUGUGAUUUUCUAUAAAUUCUCUUUGAAUUUAUAGUGUGAUGCCAAAUAAAAUUUUCUCAGGAUCUUAUUAGGUUGAAUCAUAUGAAAUUGCCAAGAUUUUACCAUUUUAAUUUACAAAAAACAUAGUUUCAUGUGGUUCACCCUAAUAGAUACCUCCCUUACCCUCUAAAUCAGAUACUUAGAGGACUUUGGACUAUGUUUUAAAAAUAGUUUUUGAAGUACAAGACUGCUAUUAAAAUUUUUAUUAUGAAAUUAUAUGUAAUAAUGCUUGGUGUUAUACAUUAAAUGUAAAGCCCUGUGAAUCUAUGUUUGAUUGACUUUCAUAGUUUCUUAUAGAAAAAAAGUCACUAUUAAAUUCUGGUAUAUCAGCAUGAUGUUAAAUGUCGGUGCUGCACCAUGAUGCUAACAUCAUGAAUUCAAACAACACAUUUUAUAUCUGGAACUUCAUCAGGCCAACACUCUGCAGAUAGAGAGAAUUUAAUAUCUAAGAAAGCUUGGGAGGUUAGUCAGGACUUAGGGACUAUUAUGCAAAUGGUUCUUUGUCACAAAGACCCUUUACUGGUGAGGCUGUGAUGGCCUCCAACUCUCUUACUGUGUCAGACAUGGUAUCUAUUAUUAUCUUAAGCCUGCAGAGUUGAAAGGUUCUAGGCUCUUUCCCAUCUCCUCGUCACAAUUUUUCCAAAGCAAAGAGGAACUUGGUGUUUGCGAUUUCUGCCUUGGUGAGAGAGAAUCUUUUCCAGUAGUUCCAAGGGGGAAGUUUUGGCUUGCUGAUUUUAUCAAAUGCUUUCCACCUGACAAAUCCUAAAUGAAGUCUAUUUAGGUGAGUCAUCUCUGUCAUGAUUUUAACCUAAUUUACGAUAAUGGGAUUUAUACUUGGGAAAGCAUCAUUCUGCAUGUAUCUUAGAUAAUUAUAGAAUCAGAGCAUUUUCAAACUCCAAAGCAUUUUAGAAAUUGUGUUGUAGGAGCCAUACUCCCUAGGUAGGGUUGAUAGGAGGAGACCUGCCUGAGUUGGAUUUCCAUGGCCAUCUUUCCUCCCUUAGUUCCAUGAUAAAGUAUGCCAAGUAAACCACUACUUGAGCUACCUAAGGUGAAUUAACUCUCAGGGAGCCCUCUCCCAAUUCUUUACCUUGCACAAUGAAAGAACAUUUGGGACCUUGAAAGUUAAAUCCCUUUGGGCCUAUACACUAAACAUACAUUUAAUUUCAAUAGCGUGGCUUAAAUACUUGAAUGUCACGAUAUAUGACUGAGGUUGGAGAAAAUGUUUCUUCUCUCAACUCUUACAGGGUAUGAUUCUUAAACACUUGUAAUGUCCAAGGUGCAUACAAGGAUAUGUUUUGUAACAAUUAUGGGUGUGUAUAUUUUGCAAAGAUUGUAGUUUCUAUAUCUUGAAAAGUAAAAUAUUUUCAUAAAUUCUUUUUAUUUUAUAAGUACUAAUAAAAUAAUAUGAAAGCAA